AUGGAGGCGUCGAGCAGCACCAUGCUGAAGCCGGUCUACUCCACGCCUCACCCUCUUGCCGGCGAGAUGGUCCCACUGACCCUCUUCGACCGAGCCACCUUGGACAUCUUUGUCCCCCUCAUCCUCGUGUACCCCGCACCUACUCCGUCCAACGAGGCGCUCAAGGAGGGCCUCCGCAGGGCCGUCGCAGUGUACCCGCACCUGGCCGGACGCCUCGCCGUCGACCACCGGGGCAGGCGUUUCAUCCACGUCAACAACGAGGGCGUGCUUGUCGUAGAGGCCGCCGUCCCCGUCGAUCUGGCGAGCGCGGUCAUCGACGACAGUUUCGUCACCAAUACCGAUGGACUGUACCCUGCAGUGCCGCCGCCGGAGGAGAGCAUCGGGGUGGCCCUUCUACAGAUACAGCUCAACCGGUACAAGUGCGGCGGCCUCGUACCCUGUCGUACCUGUUGGCCCAGAUCCGACGCCGAUGUGUUCGACCACAGGUCCACCGAGUUCAAGGGACAAGGCGGCAGGUCGUACCCUGUCGUCUCCGAUCCUUCCUCCAAGAUCGAGAACGUGACGGUGCGCUUUACGGCGGAAUUUAUCGCCGAGCUCAAGGCCCGCGUGGAAAUCCGGUGUAGCACGUUCCAGUGUCUGCUCGCGCACGCGUGGAAGAAGACCACGGCGGUGCGCGGCCUGAAGCCCGAGCAGUUCACGCAGGUCAGGGUGGCCGUGAACUGCCGUGCCAGGGCCAACCCUCCCGUGCCGCCGGAAUUCUUCGGGAACAUGGUGCUCUGGGCGUUCCCGAGGCUUCAGGCCCGGGACGUCCUGGGCUGGACCUACCGCGGCGUGGUGGAGGCCAUACGCAACGCCGUCGCCCGGGUGGACGCCGAGUACAUCCAGUCGUUCCUGGACUUCGGCAGGGUAGCGGACGCCAACGCGGAGGAGCUCGUGGCGACGGCGGCGGCCAACGGCACAAUGUUCUGUCCAGACCUGGAGGUGGACAGCAGCCUGGGUUUCAGGUUCAAUCAGAUUGACUUCGGCACUGGGCCGCCCUCCGCGUUCGUCACGCCGGACCUGCCCAACGAAGGCCUCAUGAUCUUCUUGCCGUCGUGCACGGCGAGUGGUGGCGUCGACCUCAUCAUGGCCAUCCCGGAGGAUCAUGAUACGACGACCUUCUACUCCUUGGAUGAAAGAGCUAAACCAAAGAUGUAA